AUGGAACGCAACUAUGGUGAUGGGGAGACCAUGGUGCAGUAUCUCUAUAGGGUGGAUGAGUAUGUGAGAGCCUUGGAGGAGUUAAACUACACUGUAGAUGAGAAGGAGAUCAUCUACACCGCACUCCAGGGGCUGGACCAAGAGGCGAACGAGGCCCUACUGCAGUACCUUCAUCUUGAGCAACAGAAAUGGAUUAAGGCCUGGAUAUGGGAGGUGUUGGUCUCUGAUGAGGCUCGCAAAAGGGAUGCUGGUAGAGGAGUUGAAGGGGGAAUGGGGGCAGGUGAUAGGGCUGCCUCCAAGAAAUACCAGCAGCGGCAAGGAGGUGGGGGGAAGAAGAAGGAGCUCGACAAGUGCCUCGUCCCUGGAUGCAACCGGAAGCACUCGUGGAAGGAGUGUUGGAGCCGACCAGAUGGGUGGAAGCCUCAAGGGUACCCAAGAGAAGCUCCACCUGUUACAAGGCCUGAGUGGGUGGAGAGGAGGAUGAAGAAUGGAGCAUGGAACAAGAAGGGCAGCAAAGAGAAAGCGGCAGCAGCGGCGGCAAACGAGGAUAAGAAGGGAAAGGAGGACUCAUCGGAUUAUGGCUUCUGCUUCUUAUCAUUAGAGACAGAGACGGCGCUUGCUGGUCGUACGUUGGCUGACCCCAAUCAGCUCAUUCUAGACUCUGGAGCAACCUGUGGAAUGGUGCCUCGGCGCGACCUCUUCACCAUCUAUCACUCCCUCCCACCUAACUCCAGAAAUGUGAUGCGCUACAAGCAAUCGGCAUCGGCACCAUCACCGUCAAAGGGAAGGAGGGGGAGUUGGGUCACCUUGGUGAAAACCAAGGAUGAGGUGGCCAAGGUCUUCAAGCGUUGGAUACGCUAUGCGGAGAGGGAAGCCGGGGCCAAGGUAAAAACACUUAGGUCUGAUCGGGGUGGGGAGUACAUGGGGAAGGAUCUGGAGUACAAGGGCAUCACCCACCAGCUUUCAGUUGCCUACACGCCGCAGCAAAAUGGGGCAGCAGAGCGGCUAAACCGGACCCUCAUUGACCUUGCCCGAGCCAUGCUUGCUCAUGCGCAGCUGGACCAUACUUGGUGGGGGGCAGCAGUGCAAUAUGCCAACUGGGUUAAGAACCGGAUGGGCAGCAAGGGGCUAGGGGGCAAGAGCCCAUACUUCAUGUGGACCAGGAAGGUGCCUAGUGUGUCCAUGGCACGAGUGUGGGGGUGCAUGGCGCAGUACAAAGUGCCCGACCAGCAACGGAGGAAGCUGGAUCCCAAGGCACAAUGGGGCAUUUUCCUUGGGGUGUCGGAGAGGAGCAAAGCUUGGAUGUUGUGGAGUGUGGCGGAUCAGCGGGUGGUGGAAAGCCGGGAUGUGUUGGGAGCUCCUUCUAGGAUCCCUACACCUCUUCCAUUUUUGAGGGGACAUGGGAGGAUCCUGGAGAGAAGGUGGAGGAGCAGCAGGAGGAACACAAGGCAGCUGCACCUCACCAUGAGGAUUCCCCAACUGCUGGUUCCACCCCUGACCCUAACAAACCAGCCCAUGAACAGCAGCAGGAGCAGCAGGAGCAGCAGGAGCAGCAGCAGCAGCAGCAGCAGCAGCAGCAGCAGCAGCAGCAGCAGCAGCAGCAGCAGCAGCAGCAGCAGCAGCAGCAGCAGCAGCAGCAGCAGCAGCAGCAGCAGCAGCAGCAGCAGCAGUAGCAGCAGCAGCAGCAGCAGCAGCAGCAGCAGCAGCAGCAGCAGCAGCAGCAGCAGCAGCAGCAGCAGCCACCACAGCAGCAUACACCGCCUAUUGCUGUGGGAAGGUGGCAGCAACUAUUGCAGCAGCAGCUACCAAGUCACCACGGUCACCAAGUCACCAAGUCCCCCAUGA